UCAAGUAGAUUUAUUAGGUAAAUGAUACCUUGCGACCGAAUCUAUAGCGCUCAAAUACAAAAACAUCUGAAUGAUACAAAAGAUCUUGGCGAUCUCUCAAUACUUUUUCCCUACGAAAAGUUAAUCUAAUCAAAAUUGCUCCUUGAUCUAUGGGAUCUAUAGGCGUUGCCAUUUUAGAGGGGUGUGUCGAGUGUUUUCAUUUGGGUAGAAGUACGAGUUUUUAUACACAGAUCCGGCUAACUAAAUUAGCCUGCGCUGGAGCAGGUUUAAGAUUAAGGAUGUGUUGCUAUGGUAACUUAGUCGGUUAGACUUUAAGGUUGCUUCGAGGAACGGAAAAAGCCAGACUUUUGUCAAGUUAUCCAGUUUUAGUUUCGUUUCCUCCGAAGUACAGCUGGCUGGUGAAUCACUCAUACAAACAGAGCGACGCAAGAGUAGCACUGACACCAUGUCUGAAGACAACAUUACCUUCUUCACCACCAGGGAAAUUUGCUCCAAUGGAGGGUCUUUGCAGUACAAACAACUUCAAAACAUUUUCAGACGUCUCAACAUUCCAGACAAGUUUUUCUGUGAGAUCUUGAAGAACUGCAGCAGGUUUGUUAUAGUUCAGGGUAGCGAGGAUAAGAUCCCCGGGUGUGGGGUCAGCCCCGACAGCACAGUGAUAGCUAAAACCUCCGUGCGGCUUUGCAAGGUCUACCCCAAAGACUGUGGUGACUGUGAGGGGCUUCAUCUCUGUAAGGAUUUUGUUCAGGGCAUCUGCAAGAAAAGCAGAUGCGGAUAUUCACAUGACCUUCGCUCAGGUCACAACAAUCAGGUGCUGAAAGCCAAUCAGCUUCUGGGUCUGGAGAAGGCGGAGCUAUUCCUGUUACUGACUCAGAAUGACCCCUCCCUUCUGCCCGAGUUCCCGGUGUGUGCCCAUUACAAUAAGGGCAGUGGAGAGUAUGGGAGCUGCACCUUCAAAACAAGCUGCAAGAAACUCCACAUGUGCCAGCACUUCCUGCAAGGGGACUGCAAAUUCAUGAGCAGCUGCAAGAGGUCCCACAAGAUCACUGCACAUGCCGAGGGGAUCCUGCUGCGCCGGGGGCUUAGCGAUGACUUUAUCUACCAGCUGCCAUCAAUAUACAUCAACAGCAACAACAUUAACAACUGCAGAGCCAGCUGCAGAGAAGAGGCUGCACAGGGAGUUGCAGAAUCUUCCACCAGCGCCAACGGUGACAUGGACACCAAGGAAAUCUGUCUCUUUCACCUCAGAAACAACUGCGGGUUUAAAGACAAGUGUCUCCGAGUUCACUUCCAUCUGCCAUACAAGUGGGAGGUGUUGAAUGGGACAACCUGGACAGACCUCCCAGACAUGGAGGAGAUUGAAAAGGCUUUCUGUAACCCAGCAAACACAACCAGCACUGGAUCUCUGGCGGUAGAUUUCCUGACAAUGCAGUGCGGAUCGGUGAGUGUGCGCCGGCUUUCCACUGUCUCCUCCGUCACCAAACCUACUCACUUCAUCCUGACCACGGAGUGGGCCUGGUACUGGAGGAAUGAGCACGGCAAAUGGGUUGAAUACGGCAAUCAAAUGAGCACUCUCAAUGCCUCAUGCAUCUCCUCCGAGGCCCUGGAGAAGGCAUUCCUGGCUGAUGGCAGCGGUGUGCUAGCAUUCAGCGUAGAGCAACACCAGUACAUCGUGAACUUUAAAGACAUGUGCCAGCAGAACUGCAAGUAUCAAACCCAGAGAGAGGUGCGGAGGAGACCUAGGUUUGUUUCUGCCCAAGACAUGGAGAGCAAGAUAAAGAGUGAGUCCUCAGGGGCUAAAGUGACUCCGAGACACUGGGACCAGUCUGCUCUGCCUGCGAUUGGAUUCCAGAGGGUUCCACUUUCCCCUGAUAAGGAAGAAUUCAGGCAGGUGCAAGGCAGCUUCCAGCGGACCCUGCCUAGCGUCACCAUUGAGAAAAUCGAAAGGAUUCAAAACCCGUCUCUGUGGGAGGUGUUCCAGUGGCAGAAGGAGCAGAUGAAGAUGAGGAGUGGUGGGAGCAGCGUGGACGAGCGCUUCCUGUUCCACGGCACAGACAAGGCCAUUGUGGACACCAUCUGCGACGAGAACUUUGACUGGAGAAUCUGCGGGGUACAUGGUACUUUGUAUGGGAAUGGCAGCUACUUCGCACGGGACGCCAAGUAUUCUCACAACUACACCGGCUCCUCCUCUUCCAGAACCAUGUUUGUGACCCGGGUUCUUGUGGGUGACUUUGUACAAGGACACCCCGAAUACCUGCGCCCUCCCUCCAGAGACGGCACCACUUCCAGCUUCUACGAUAGUUGUGUCGACUCCCCCCACGACCCCUCCAUCUUCGUGGUGUUUGAGAAGCACCAGCUGUACCCCGAGUAUCUCAUACAGUACAGGCUAGGAAGCAAUCAGAGUGCACAGAACCAGCGGGCAUUCAUUACCCCUGCACCUAAACCACAGCCACCCCUGCCCCCACCUGCCUCGAAAUCGCAGGAGUCGCAGUGCACCAUCCUGUAGGCAACGCACCACUUACCAUCACAAACUUCAACAACGUCCUCCUGUGUAUUAGCUAAAAAACGGCAAAUUAAAUUACUGUUAGGGGUUCUGUUUAGUAGAGCUGCAGAAACUGAUUAUUUGAUUAUCCGGAACAAGCUGUCUGCAAGGUAGGGUCAUUAGUGUUGAUUGGGUCAAUUUAUCGUUCCAAGUAAAACAAGUGAAUAAACAGCUGCUUGGGUUUGUAUGGAUCGCUCUUCUCCACAGAGUCUAAGAAAAGCAGCAAGCAUCACACAUCGAAGCAGCUGUGUCUUCAGUUGUUUCACUCUGAAUGGUAAAUCAUCCCAAUCAACCCUCGCCAUAUUGUCAGGACCUGAUUUCUAUGGAGAGCUCAGUCCAAGUAAUGGAAUAAUCAGUUUAUUGAGCUUUUGAAGUAGCUUUAAAUGCCUUUUUUUCAACUUUCACUUAACAUUAUAGUAGUUUUGAGUUCUGUUUCUGUUCCAGUCAUUAUCUGUGCCUGUAUAAUCCUAGUUGGAGGCCCCUUUUGAGUCCUCUGUAUUCCAAAGAAAUCACAGACCAGGCUUGCACACACACUAUUGCUUUUGAGAGUCAGAGUAGUUUGUCCUGGCAAGUUAGAAUACUGGGCAGAGCAGCUACUGGUCGAAAUUAUUGCAUUGCCACCUAAUUAUUGUACGAUUUUCAACAGGGGCAGGUUAAUUUCUACUACUCGCAACACCCUUCCUACACCUGCUUAUGAGUGAUUCAAUUGAAAUGACAAUUGAUUUUCAGGUUCAUUAACAAGCCGGUUAGUCACAUUUCAGUAGUCUGGACUCCCAUUUAACUUUAAAACAGCGAGGCAGCGCACAUGUAGUUGUAACAAAGAAAAAAAAGGAUAAAGGAAAAAAUAAAAUAAAAAUAAAUUCUUAGCCACCCAAGUUGAGCCUUUUCUCGAUGAGAUUUUAGCAAAUCAAAUUACUAUUUUCAGCAAAAGGUCCGGAAUCGCUGCUAAAUUUAAAAUGUGGAAGGAUAUGACCAAAAAAAAUGAAUGCUACCUCUUCCAUAAAAAGGUCAAAUAAAGAAGUCCAAAAAGAUUCUGGGAUCUAAAGUUGUGAUGCGUCCCUAGUCUCUGUCUGUUGCUUUGGAUAAAAGCAUCUGCUAAAUGACUUAA